CUGAAGACAUCCGAACUCCUCCUUAACAAGAACAUCAAGGUCCUCUCAUCAACACACGUCGCCAUGCUAGAAAUUCAUUGCUCCGGAACUCCCUAUGAGAUUGGCCGAAAACAUGGCUUGGAGGCCCGAGACCGUGUUCACGGCUCUUUGGCCUUCUACGGCGGUCUCUUCAAGACGACCUGCAACUUGGACUGGCCAAGCGUGUGCGAGGAAGCAUCGAAGUACGUGGCAACGUUGGAACGGUUGUGCCCGAAGUACUUUGGGGAGAUUCGAGGGAUCGCCGAGGGUGCCGAGGUUGGACUACUGGACGUUGUCGCUCUCAACGUGAGAACCGAGAUCAACUUUGGGCUCUUCACCAAGCAACCUUCGCUGCCUAUCCAGAGCGAUGGCUGCACCAGCUUGGCUGUGAGGACGACAAAGGAGGGGUCGUGGCUGGCUCAGAACUGGGAUUGGAUGGUUGAGCAGAGUCCGAAUCUCAUCGCUUGCCACAUCGCGCAAGAUGGGCUACCCAAGAUAUCCAUGAUCACCGAGGCAGGUAUCAUUGGUAAGAUUGGCUUUAACAGCGCCGGGGUAGGUGUGUGUCUCAACGCGAUCCGGGCUUACGGCGUUGACCACACAAAACUCCCAAUUCACCUCGCCCUACGCACCGUCCUGGAGUCCGGUUCUAAAGAAGAGGGAAUCGACCGGCUCACCAAGACGGGUGUGGCCGGAAGUGGGCACAUUCUUGUAGCAGACUCGACCGGAGGGACAGGACUCGAAUGCACAAGCAAGGGCAUCUUGAAAAUCCCCAUGGAUAGCCAGGGCCUGGUUGUCCACUCGAACCACUUGCUCUUGGAACAUCCCGGUGUGGUCGAGCCACCGUGGCUUCAGGACUCUCGCGAAAGAGUUGUUAGGCUGAGGGAACUUGCCGAGAAGCACCUCUCAGAGGGAAACGAUGUCAACACGCCUGAAUUGUUUGAUCUGUUCAAAGAUCAAAAGGGUUACCCAGGAGCCAUCAACCGACACCAAGUACAAGACUGCAAGACGCAGACAUUGUUCAAUAUUAUCAUGCAUCUGCCAGAAAAGCGAGCGACUGUCACAUUUGGCCGUCCGACGGAGGAUGGUGAGCAGAUACAGUUCAGCCUUUAG